AUGGCGGAGGGAUUUUGCAGACCCGACCCGCUCGUUUUUGAUGGAGACCUUGCCGAGAGCUGGCGUGUGUUUGAAAGGGAAUACGACAUCUUUAUAGAGGCAGCACACGCAGACAAAUCUGCGAAGACGAAAGCUUACAUCCUCCUCAAUCUCGCAGGAACAGAAGCCAUUGAACGGGAGCGUUCGUUCGUCUACGCAGCAAAAGUUAGGGCGCCAGGCCCCAGCCCAAGGAGCAGCGGACCCGGAGCAGCGGACCCGGCCCAGCGGAGCAGCGGACCCGGCCCAGCGGAUCCAGCUCAGUGGAGCACUGUAUAUAACGCCAGACGAGCUGAGUACUUACAGGGACGUGAACAAGCUGCCCCAGACUCUGUGUGUGUGUGCGUGCGCGUGAGACCGGCGCCUGAUUGCUUGCUCUCUCAGCAGCUACCCUGGUGUGGCGCACCAAGCCCCAGUGGAGUAGCAGACCCGGCCCAGCAGAGAGCGGCCCCAGCAGAGCGGAGCAGUGCGCCAGGCCCAGCCCGAGCCCCAGCAGAGCGGAGCAGCGCGCGCCAGGCCCAGCCCAAGCCCCAGCAGAGCGGAGCAGCGCGGGCCAGGCCCAGCCCGAGCCCCAGCAGAGCGGAGCGGAGCAGAGCGGAGCAGCGCGCGCCAGGCCCAGCCCAGAGCGGCCCCAGCAGAGAGCGGCCCCAGCAGAGAGCGGCCCCAGCAGAGAGCGGCCCCAGCAGACCCAGCAGAGAGCGGCCCCAGCAGAGAGCUCCUCCUUAA